CGUUUAUUUCAUUCACAUUUUUAAUGUUAUUUAUAAAAUAAUGACUAUUUAAUAAUCUUUCUAAUUACCAUCAUAGUUCUGUUGAUUAUUGAUUAGUUACUGAUCAGUUCAGCCUCUCUGCAUCAGAAAAAAAUACACUUUAUCAGCAGGAAUUAUUAAGAAAUUAAAUCUAUUAUAUAAUUCAGAGUUAAUCCUGUUUAUGUGAGCAGGUAUGAGCGCCACCUACAGGCUAACAACAGCUCGUCCUGAUGCUGGUGCUGCAUGUAUGUGUCAGUGAGAUAACAGCGGCGUUAUCAGCUGACAGCAGAGAGAGGCUGCAGGCGGGGCGGUUUAUCACACGUGCUGAUGCUAACGUAAUGUUCUGCUACACUACCCAGAAUGAGGGUCCGGACCCCUGGGGGGUGAAGACACCAAAGAGGGACGUCCCAACAUGCUUCACACCUAACAAAAGAUCAUUUUAAAAGUUUACUGUACAAAAAUUUACACAUCAAAUGAGUUUGACUUAAAAUAAAACCAGAGUCAUGACCAUAGUGGGCAGGAACCUUCAGGGUCUUGGUCUCCUCUCUUGAAUACUUCAGGAGAGCGCUGUAUUGUCAUCUUAAGGUUUUAUAAUUUCAACAGUCACUGUCAGUGUUGAUUUCUGACUGCAGUGCAUGUUUUUUUUAUUUGUCUGGGUGUUCAGGGGGCUCAGGGGGUCUCCAAGGAGAGAGGCUGGCAACUAUCACUGUAAAACAUCCCAGAAAUAUGAGAUCUGUGAAGCCAUGCUGUUGUGAUGGAUGUGCGACUCUCUGCAGGAGACCGUCAGGAUGUUCUAACUCCUCAGAGUUCCCAAACAUCACGCUCUGUUCCACAUCUUCCUUCAUCCAAAGCUCUGCCCCCUGACGGCCCCACAGCGCCCCCUGCAGCCAUGGACAGCGUCCCGAGGAGGUGGGUGCUGAAGCCCCUGUCCCCACUGCUACAACCCUCAGACCUGCGCACCAUCAGCACCCCCACCCAGAGCCUUGCCCCUGGCCUGGACGAUCCAGCGUUCAGCUCUGACAUCAUCUCCAUCACCCGUAGUCAGUCGGUGGUCGUCUCCUCUCAGGGUGAACGGUCCGGCGAUGUGGUGAUUCAGGCGCGGCAGGUGGCAGUUUCACAGGAAGGCGGUUUCAGUGAGGAGUGGCGUCCCAGCAGCCCCAGCAGUCCCAGCAGUCCUAGCAGCCACAGCAGCAGCUCGGGGUCUCAGUGUGGCUUCUACUCCUUUGUUGAUGAUCCAACAAGUCCAGAGGCAGAGCUAAAUGAAGCCUGGAUGGUCUCUCCUAAGCGGCAGGCUACGCUGGCCACCCUGAGGGAGGAGAAAGGGUUCAAACUCCAGACCUACAGCAGCAACAAAAAACCAGAGAGCCUGUUCUCAGAGAGCAACAGAGGCUCGCGGUACAAAGUGGGUCUAAACAACGGGAUCGUGGUGGUCCGGGAAGAAGAGGAGAGGCAGCUUCGAAAGGAGAUCAUUCGCAGCCAAGCACCCAAGAAGACUUCAACGUUCAAGAAUCAACUGGAUGUAGAUGAUGGCAGAUCUACAGACAGACUGACUGAAGGUUUUAGUUUGAGCUACAGUCCUGCCACAUCUACAAAAGGUCCUCCUAGUCCUGCGGAACCCGGAACCAUCGACAAGCAGCAGAUCAACUUCAGCGCCGCACGACAACAGUUCCUUAAGAUCGAGCAGGACCGACUGACAGCACUCCUUAGCCCGCUCAAAUUCUCGAAAACACGUCUGAACAAGUCUCUGCUGACAGACCCUGAGGGUUCCCCAUCACAGCUCCACAGUGUGGAGGUGACUGGAGAUCCUCCGACGUUCACACCAACUGAAGAAGAAGAGAGCUUCCCUCAGGGGAGGGUGACGGUAUGCCAGACAGAGGACAGUCUCAGCCGGCAGAGCAGUGUCUUUGAUGAUCUGGAUUCAGGUCUAGAGGACCUGCCUGUAGAAGUAGGAGGUGUCUACGGCAACGAUGAAACCACAGUCACUGACAGUUUCACAAGCGGCCAUGAAACUCCGAUUGAGAGGGAGAUCCGGUUAGUUCAGGAACGUGAGGAGAACCUCCGCCGCUCUCGUGGGAUUUCUGUGACAGACGGCAAAGCAGAGAUGAUCCAGAUCAAAACCAAACGUUUACACUCACUGCAAACACCAGAAACACCGCUCAGUCCGAGGGAGAAGAACCGCGUCAGCUUCAUCUUCCAGCGAGAGAUCCAGAAGGAGAACCAGAGGAAGGAAGAACCUCAGCAGCAGGGUCGGUAUAGUCUCAGCUCUCCCUCAGAGCCAGGGUCCAUAAAGAGCAUGUUUGACCAACAAGAUGAGGUAGAGGGCUUCAAACCAGGACCUCAGUCUGAGUCUAAAGAAACCGAAGUCUUCCCGUCUCCCUGCUGUCCUCAUCAACAUCCUGAGGAAUCCGAGUUCUACGUCAGCCAAACGAGUUCAAUGCCAUCUUUCAUCUCUGCGAGGGAUCGAACGGCAUCGUCAUCCUCCCGCUCCUCCUCCUCCCACUCCUCUCCAGUACUGACCCGCCGGAAAGACAUGACCUCGACCGCUCCUCGGUCCUGGAGGGAGAACUUGGAGUCCACAGGCCUACAGUCCAGAGGAAAAGGGGCUCCAGAUUUCAUUGAGAAGGAGAUCCAGGAGGCCCUGAGGAGGGAGCAGGAGCUCAAGGAGCUGAGGGAGUCCAGGGAGGAACUAGAUCGACAGAUCGGCUCUUCGGUUCCUCAGGUGGAACAGGCAACCAAGAUGGCUGCCAGUCAGUUCUACCCACCUUUAAAGACAGAUAAAAACGUCUCUUGGUCCUCUUCGUCUCCCCGUCCCCUGGCCCGUCUGCCGUUUAUCACCGCUCAGCCCUGGAGCUACUCCCCUCGCCCUUCCUCCUCCUCACCUCGCCCCGCCUCCUCCUCUUCCUCACCUCUGCCCUCCACUUCCUCCCCAUUACCCUCCACUUCCUCACCUGCGGGGUUCCGGCAGGCCCCGCACCCCAUCAGAGGUCUGACUGAGACUCUUCUUCAGGACUUUGAGGACAGGCGAGUUCAACUGAAACUGGAAGAGAGCGCUUACGCAGGAAUCCAGCCCGUUGACGACGUCAACAACGAGGUGGUCGAGUCGACCCGUGUCACUCGUCAUAAAAACAAGCGGGCGCUGCGUUGGGAGGCCGGCGUGUUCGCCAAUCAGGAGGAUGAGUGAUGACCAGCAGGAUCUCUCUCUCUCCCACCAUGUUUCUCUGAUUUUCUGCUUCAGCUUCAGAUUAAAAUGUUUCAACUGGACACUCCAAAGAAGACUGCUCCUGAUUGGUCCUUCCUUGGCCAGUCAGCUUUGAGCUGCUGUGUAACACUGAUUCAUAUAGAGCAGAAAUGUAGAGGAGCAGAGAUUGACCUGUGGACUGAUGAAGAUUUGUUUCUCUGGAUCAGCUGAUUAGGAUUGUUUUCAUGAUUUACACUGAAGAUGAAAGAGUUAACACAGAAAAAUAGUUUGUAUAGAACAAAAAUGAAAAAUUUCAUAAAGAAUAAAAAAAAUAAGAUAUAUUCAUAAAGAACAGAUCUUGUACAAAGGAAAUUAGUUUUAUUAUGAGGACGUUCUUGAAAAUGAUUUUUUUUAAAAGUAUUUUACGAAGAACAAGAAAGGAAAAACACAUUUCAUGGUCUUUAACUUCUCAGACAUCCUGUUAUCUUUCACAUUUUAAAAUAAAAGACUUUUUUGCUGAAGCACUGAUAAA